AACACAUACACGCUUUGGCCUUGGCCAAUCCGAAGGGUCCUUGAUUUUAACUCCUCAAAAAAAUCUCUUUAAAUAGAAUCUUUAAAAAUUCCAAAAAUAUUAGUACUAUCAUCUUCAUUUUCCUACAUAUACUAUUAUUCUAAACGCCAUAUUUUCCAAAGUAUCAAAACGAAAUGGCAAAUGAUAGUGGAAACAUGUCCAUGCCGAUGCCGCCGUCAGCGUACAACAACCAAAGCAUUCUGUACAUGCCCAUGAUGCAGAUGAGCUUCUUCUGGGGCAAAGACGUGGUGGUCCUUUUCUCCGGCUGGCCGGGCUCCGGCCGCCUCGGAAUGUACAUACUAGCGCUGGCCGUGGUGUUCCUGUUCGCAGUCGCCGCCGAGGUUUUCUCCGUGCCCCCCAAUUUUAAGCCACGGGGUGUCCGCCCGGCCGCCGCUGCGGCCGUAUACGCCGCCUUGUACGGCGUUCGGAUGACUCUAGCUUACUUUGUUAUGCUCGCUGUCAUGUCAUUCAACGUCGGAGUGUUACUGGUGGCGGUGGCCGGCCACGUUGCCGGAAGCUUUGCUGUUAAAUACCGGGCGCUAGCAGCGGUUGCGCGUGCGGUGGACGGCCCCUGAUUUAUUUGUGGAAAAUGGCCAGGUUUCGGUUUGUAUCAUCUUCAUUUACGUUUGAUUUAUUUUAAAGAAAAAUGAGAGGGGAUAGUAUUAAUUAAUCAUAUGGUUCGUUUGAUCUGCGUGUGAA